AUGCCCUCCCAGUCGUCCACAGAGUCCUUCCCCAGGGAAUGGGAACAGUGCUCUGACAGGAAGCCGAUCUCCUCGAACCCGAUCCUUGCCAACCUCGAUGUCGAACACAACGAACUCGCGCAGACCUGGAAAACCUUUGUUCGUCACAUCCCGCUCGAAGAUCGAGUCGAAUGGGGGCCCCAGCCUCCGUCGGCCGGCGACGUCGUCGCCCUCGUGCGCAGCAUGCAGUCUCUGUGGAAGUCCCCGCCCCGGCAACGGGUCUUCGGACCGGCCAUCACCCUUUGCGAUCGAUUUCUGCCUACGGUGGAAACCCACGCCCUCUUGCUACCCGUGCUGCCCGAUGCCGACCUCUUCCAUGCACCCCUCUUCUACGGCGUGCUACAAACCGUGAUCAAGGCGUCAUCAAACUACCCUCACGUGCUUGAAGCCCUGAUGACAGCCCUGUUGAACAUCCAUAGCGCAUUAGGGUUGCUGCCGGAAUCUCUAUCCUCCGUCCACGUGAUGCCCGUCGCCCAGAUAUACGCCUUGUGCUUCUUCUUCCUGACCGAGUUCAUGGACUGGUUCGUCCGGCGGUCCACCUGCGAACUCCUCAAGAGCCAUAGCCAGAAUGCCUACUCGGAAUUCCAUCACCUUGUCAGCUGCAUCCAGCACGAGGCCCGGGUCCUCACUCGAUCAUCCGACGCCAUGGACGUGGAUCUGGACGAAAAAUGCGACUUGGCCUACAGCCCGCGCGCCCUCUGGGAAGAGUCCCAGCUCAGCCAGGUCGGCCGCCAGGGAACGGAUCGCCGGAUCGCGGCGCAGAACACGAUCACCCGCCGGCUGAUCUGGGAGAUCCAGCAGGACGCCGAGGAUCGAGCUCGGAUCCGGGAGCAGCGGGACCAGUUGCUGGCGGAUAUGCUGAGUGCAGUCAGUGAGCGGCUCCGUCCGACCAGUGAGCAGAGCAGCGGAAUUGUCUGCAUGACCACCGCCGCGCCCGAUCUUGGUAGGAAGCCCCCGUCUGGCUCCGGGUGCGGAGCUCAGGGCGCUAAUAUGAAUCGUCUAGUGGCUUCGGCGUUUGAAUGGUCGCGAGUAUCCAAGCGCCGUCUCGCGCGCCUGGAGCUUCAAAAUGCAUCUAAACAUCUCCAAGCAUUCUUUGACACUGACGACCAGAUUGCCGACCUGGAACCCGAUGUCCAAAUACUAGCCGAAGGCAACGUGGUCACGUCUCUUCAAAAAUGGGUCACCAAUCCUCGAUCCCAGGCCCUCGCCGUCGGUGGGUCCGAGUCCAACGUUUUCCCAAACCCCACGGCUUUGAUCUCGGCGUGUUAUGCCUCAGCUGCCCGUCGAGCCCGACUGCCCGUCAUUGCCCACUUCUGUUCCCUUCCCAGUACGGAGGUCCCGGGCCUCACUUUACAUCAACAGGGCCUCGUUGCCCUCACCUACAGCCUGAUCCGCCAAUUGGUUGAUUGUCUUCCCACCGUGGUGGACAGCGACUCUCUGCUUGACCUGAGUGCCGAGCGAUUCCGCCAGCUUGAUGGCACCAUGUCCAGCUGGAAGGCUGCCUUGGCCCUUGUCGACACCCUGCUGCAUUUUGUCCCUCCAUUGCUGGUCUGUGUCAUCGACGGCAUUGACACCAUCCACGAUGCGUCCACCGACGCCGCUCUUCGGGAGCUCAUCCGCGUCGUCCUCACCCACACGCGUCACCAGCCACAGGCCGCCAAUAGCGAGUGCCCUAGCCCAACCUUCCUCUUCAAGGUUCUCUUCACGGCGGCCGGGCGGCCCAGUGCGCUGGUAGAGACCAUGUCCGAGAACCAGCUCAUCCUGAGCGAGCCGGCCCUUUCGGACGAGCCCACGGCGUCGGACACUGUCCUCCCCCUCCGAUCUGGGCGUAGUCAUGAUGAAUGCAUGAACAUCUGA